AUGAGGCGGACGCCGGCUGCCGAGCGCCUCUCGGAGCUGGGUUUUCCCCCGCGGCGCGGGCGCCAGGAGCCGCCUUUUCCGCUGAGUGUCACUCGGGGGUGGGGUGGGUGGCCCAUUGAAAAGCGCCGCGAGGGAGCCCGGCCAGUGCCCUUCGGUGAGCGCUCGCGGGAGGACGGCGGAGAACAGCCUGCUCGCGGCUCCGGGAUCUUGUGGCGCAUCAGGACGCGGUUGUCCCUCUGCCGGGACCCCGAGCCGCCACCGCCGCCACCACCACCCCUCUGCCUCCUGCGAGUCAGCCUCCUCUGCGCGCUCCGGGCGGGCGGCCGCGGAAGCCGCUGGGGUGAGGACAGCGCGCGGCGGCUGCUGCUGCCCCCAGCCCGGGCGUCUGGAAGCCGAAAGGCCGAGCCGAGCAGCGGCACCCCUUAUGCCGGAAGGAUGCUGGAGAGCAGCGGCUGCAAGGCGUUGAAGGAAGGAGUGCUGGAGAAGCGCAGCGACGGGCUGCUGCAGCUCUGGAAGAAAAAGUGCUGCAUCCUCACCGAGGAAGGGCUGCUGCUUAUCCCGCCCAAGCAGCUGCAACAGCAGCAGCAACAGCAACAGCAGCAGCAGCAGCAGCAGCAGCAGCAGCAGCCCGGGCAGGGGACAGCUGAAUCGUCCCAACCUAGUGGCCCCACGGUCGCCGGCCUUGAGCCACCAGUCAAGCUCAAGGAAUUGCACUUUUCGAACAUGAAGACUGUAGACUGCGUGGAGCGCAAGGGCAAGUACAUGUACUUCACUGUGGUGAUGGCGGAGGGCAAAGAGAUCGACUUUCGGUGCCCCCAGGACCAGGGCUGGAACGCGGAGAUCACGUUGCAGAUGGUGCAGUACAAAAAUCGGCAGGCCAUACUGGCGGUCAAGUCUACGCGGCAGAAGCAACAACACCUGGUUCAGCAGCAGCCUCCGCAGACGCAGCAGAUCCAGCCCCAGCCCCAACCCCAGCCGCAGCCCCAGCUCCAGCCCCAGUCCCAGCCGCAGAUCCAGCCUCAACCGCAGAUGCCGCCUCAACCUCAACCCAAGCUUCAGUCCCAACAGCUCCACUCCUACCCGCAUCCGCACCCUCAUCCUCAUCCCCACCCGCACCAGCACCCGCACCCGCACCCGCACCCACACCCUCAUCCACACCAACUCCAGCACGCGCACCAGCCUCCUCACUCGCAGCCGCCGCUCGGCCACCGGCUUCUCCGCAGCACCUCCAACUCCGCCUGAAGAGGGCGGCACCCAGGGCCCCUCUAGGUUUCGAGGACUUCGGGAAGUGGGACAAACGCAUUGCUGUUGUGUUUCACUUGGAUCAAAAGCAACAGUCUCCCCCACCCGUGCCCGCUCAAGUAGUCUGGACAUCACCCGACCGAUAAACUUGCUUGCAGUUCACUUAGGUUUCUGCAUAAUCUUCAUCACCGUGCAGGAAGCGAUUCUGAGUCAAGACGACUUUAUUUAUGAACCUUGGGAAGGAUCUUCUAACGUAAUGGACCUUGUAGGAGCAAUUUAUGUACUGUAAUUUUAUUUUAAUGUAUUUUGGUUUAUGAUUAUUUAUUAGUUUUUUUUAUGCCUAUUCUAAGACAUUUCUGAAUGUAGGCCAACCCCUCCCCCCCAAUGAAACUUUAUUUUCAGAAACCUUUUUCCCAGUAAGCCUACUCGGAAAAGAAAAGGGGUGGUGGAGGGGGCAAACACUAAAAACUGAUUCCUUAUCCGUACGACGUUCUCAGAAAGUCGGCUCUUUCAUUGUAUUUGAAGACGUUGAAAUUAAACUCUGACGUUACUUUUA